CCUGGCCCACUCCCCAUGUCCUCUCCCCACAAAUGCCCCCCCGGAGGUCUGGAGCCAGUAACACCCCUCCCCCGUCCAGGAAGCGCAUUCCGAGGACCGGGACUCAGUCACCACCUCCCUAAGGCGCACGCCGCAUCACCCCACCCCCCAACCGGGGCCCCUCGAGGGCCAGGAAGACACAGGGCGGACCAGUCCUCUUGGGAGUCUGACUACUGGCUGGCGGCCGUGCACGGACCACGGUGCACACGGGGGCGGGAGGCCGGUCACUGGGGGAGGCACCAGGCUGCGGGGGUGCUCGCCCCAACCCCAGACGCCUUCUCCCGGGUCUCAACGCCACGAGAGUCCCGGCCGCCCCGGGCCUAUGUCCAGGAUGGGCGGAGGCCCCCUGGCUCCUCCUCCGCGGGCGGAUCCGCGCCGCGCUCGCCGCCACUGCGCCGGGCUUCCGUCCUCCCGCGCGCAGGCGCCGGCGGCACUUCCGGGGUCGCCUCGGCGGGGCGGGUGGGCUCCACGCGCUGGGGGUCCCCACGCCCGGAACCCCGGCCCCAGCCGCGGGAUGCCCGCGCGCGGGGCGGGCCAGGCCCUGCAGCCCUUUGCCACCAGGCUGUGCAUCCGCAGCAUGUGGAGGGUGUGUGGAUUAGAAUGGCUACCCUGACCCUGCCACCGACCGCCUGUCCUCAUUUCCGAAGGCUUCCUGGGGCCCAGCAUGGGGCUGAGGAUAGCAUUCUGCUUGCACCUUGCAACAACCCAAAAGGGCUGCCUGCCUCCAUUUUGCAGCUUUCCCGAAGAAUGGGGCAGAAAAAGCAGCGACUGUUGGAGGCACGACGGCAUCAGAGCCUAACAGACGGAGCCCAGAUGCCUUCCACCAUGGAGCCCUGCUUGGGGCCGCCUGCAGCCCUGGGACCCCAGCGCAGCAUCUAUUUUUCAAGCCCCAAAAGCCACCCUGCCCAACUGGGAUCUGAGUUUUUCGACCAGCCUGCAGUCCCUCUGGCUCGGGCAUUUCUGGGCCAGGUCUUGGUUCGGCGACUUGAUGAUGGCACAGAGCUCCGCGGCCGCAUUGUGGAGACGGAGGCAUACUUGGGGCCCGAGGAUGCAGCUGCUCAUUCGAGGGGUGGCCGGCAGACCCCCCGCAACCGUGGCAUGUUCAUGAAGCCAGGAACCCUGUACGUGUACAUCAUCUAUGGCAUGUACUUCUGCAUGAACGUCUCCAGCCGAGGGGAUGGGGCAUGCGUCCUGCUGCGAGCGCUGGAGCCCCUGGGGGGCCUGGAGACCAUGCGGCAGCUUCGCAGCACCCUCCGCAAGGGCGCCGCGGGCCGAGCCCUCAGAGACCGUGAGCUGUGCAGCGGCCCCUCCAAGCUGUGCCAGGCCAUGGCCAUCGACAAGAGCUUCGACCAGCGGGACCUGGCCAAGGACGAGGCUGUGUGGCUGGAGCGCAGCCCCCCAGGCUCCAGGGAGCCGGCUGUGGUGGCAGCAGCCCGAGUGGGCAUUGGCCAAGCAGGAGAGUGGGCCCAGAAGCCCCUGCGCUUCUACGUCCAGGGCAGCCCCUGGGUCAGUGUGGUAGACCGAGCGGCCGAACGGAACUCACAGGCCUGCUCGGACAAGGCUUUUUAAUCGUUCAAAGACCGAAUAAAUGCUUUACGUCUGGAA